AUGCUGGCCAUAACAUCAUUUUUACUGCUGUGUUUAUGUGCACCUUUGUCACAAGGCUCAACAUCUGCAAACUCGCUCAUUUAUUCAAAGGGAGAUUCGUCACCCCAGAUUGGUAAUUCAAACCUGUUUUCGUCAUCAGACCAGUACUCUGAGGUAUCCAAAGAUAAAGAUGAUAAAUGCCCUCCAUGCUUCAACUGUAAUCUGCCCAAUUUCGAAUGCAAGCAAUUUUCCACUUGCAAUCCAUUCUCGGGUAGGUGUGAAUGUCUCCAAGGAUUUGGAGGUGAAGACUGCUCUGAGCCUGUCUGUGGAAGUCUUGCAGAUGGGAACAAUCGGCCCGUCAGAGAUUCCAAUGGUUCCUGUCAGUGUGAGAGCGGGUGGGGAGGAAUCAAUUGCAACCUUUGCGAAGAAAACUCGGUCUGUGAUGCAUUUGUCCCCGGUGAUUUGAAAGGAACUUGCUACCAAUCAGGCAUCCUUGUUAAUAAAAAUCAUCAAAUGUGUGAUGUCACGAAUAAGAAAAUUGUGGAGAUCUUGGAUGGGAAGAAACCUCAAGUUACAUUCAGUUGUAACAAGACUUCCGCAAGGUGUGAUUUCCAAUUUUGGAUCGCGGAAGAGGAAAGCUUUUACUGUGAUUUGUCGAAAUGCUCGUUUGAUUAUGACUUGUCUUCAAACAUAACGCAUUACAACUGCGAAAAUGUCUCUUGCAAGUGUCUUCCUGGAAAAAUGCUUUGUGGUCAAGCGGGAUCAAUUGAUAUUUCUGAUUUCUUGACGGAGACCAUAGCUGGACCUGGUGAUUUCUCGUGCAACGUCGCUGAUAGAGACUGCAAGUUUUCUGAACCUAGCAUGAACGAUCUAAUUACAAACGUUUUCGGAGAUCCAUACAUCACAUUGAAUUGCAGAUCAGGAGAGUGUUUACAUGCAAGCGAAAUACCUGGUUUCGAACUCCCAGGAAAGAAGAAAUUUGGAGUGAUUGACUUUUUGAGGAUUCUGGGCUCAGUUGCUGGAAGUGCAGCAAUCAUCGGGUUAGUUUUCUAUGGUGUCAAGAGAACUCCACUUUUCAAUAACGAAGACUCGAUCCAGCUACCAUUGGAUGAUGAUUCGGAUCAAUAUGAUUCACUUCUGGACGAUUAUAAGCCGGCUGUUUUCUCUUUUGACAAUGUCAGCUACGAUAUCGCCGGUAAAAAAGUCUUGAAGGAUGCAUUUGGUCUAGUUGAGCCUGGAGAAUGCAUGGCUAUCAUGGGAGGUUCAGGUGCUGGUAAAACCACUUUGUUGGAUAUUCUUGCAGGGAAAAAUAAGAGUGGUGUAAGUUCUGGGUCUCUUUACGUCAAUGGCGAGAAAAUCAUCACUAAGCAAGACUUAGCUCAAUUCCAGAAGUCUGUUGGUUUUGUGAACCAAGAGGACUUUUUGAUCCCAACCUUAUCUGUUUAUGAAACGGUUUUGAACAGUGCUUUGUUGCGUCUCCCUCAAAAAAUGUCAAUUGCUUCCAAGCAAGCAAAAGUUCACCAGAUUCUCGCAGAGCUGAGAAUCUUGCAUAUCAAGGAUAAACUAAUUGGCUCCGACUUUGAAAGAGGCAUCUCAGGAGGUGAAAAAAGGAGAGUCGCAAUUGCAUGCGAACUUGUCACUUCUCCUUCAAUUUUGUUUCUAGAUGAACCUACUUCUGGACUAGAUGGAUUCAAUGCUUUCAACGUGAUAGAAAGUUUGGUUAGACUUGCCAAAGAUUACAAAAGAACUGUCAUUUUUACAAUUCAUCAACCCAGAAGUAACAUCGUCUCUCUUUUCGACAAAUUGUUAUUGUUGUCCGAAGGUGAACUUGUCUACUCGGGCUUGAUGUCAGAGUGUGCUGAAUUUUUUGCAUCCAAUGGAUACAACUGCCCUUCAGGAUACAAUAUUGCAGAUUAUCUGAUCGAUAUUACUGCAAAGGGGAAUUCAUUAACAUCUCUAGCAUCGAUUGUUACUGAUGAGGAAAGUCAUUCUCACGAUCAUGAUACUGACAUUCAUUCGAAUCUUCCCGCAAAUGAUGUUGAUGAUCCAACUAGUGAAUGGCAACAUUACGCAUAUCACAGAGAUGAAUUUGGAAAUAAAGUGUCUAAAGUCUCAACUUCAACUGGAGAAGCUUCUGCAUUUGUCGCUUCUGUGUUUUGCAAGUCGCUAAACGCUGAAAGAUUACAUUCGGAUAUCAAAGCUUUGGCAGAGACGUUCAAUGGAUCUCAACAUGAUACCGAUUCCUCUGGAUCUUUUUUCAAAUCUCAGCACGGUAAGAGCAAAGCUGGAUUCUGGACUCAGCUUACCAUUCUAUGUUCCAGAACUUUUAAAAACUCUUAUAGAAAUCCGAAGCUUUUAAUGUCGCAUUAUGCACUGGCAUUAAUCAUGGGAUUGUUCUGCUCUUAUCUGUAUUACGAUGUGGAGAACAAUAUUAGUGGAUUUCAGAACAGAUUAGGGCUUUUCUUUUUCCUCUUGACACUUUUCGGCUUUUCAACAUUGACUGGGCUCCAUUCAUUUUCGGCUGAACGACUUGUUUUCGUCAGAGAAAGAUCCAACAAUUACUAUCAUCCAUUGAGUUAUUAUGUUAGCAAGAUUGUUUGUGAUGUCAUUCCAUUGAGAUUAUUCCCACCAGUUAUUCUUAUGGCAAUUAUCUACCCAUUGGUUGGCCUCAACAUGGAAGAAAAUAAGUUUUGGGUCUCCUUGUUGAUCUUGAUUCUUUUCAAUCUGGCUGCCUCUGUUGAGAUCUUAAUCAUUGGAAUAUUGGUGAAAGAACCAGGUUCUGCUACGAUGGUCGGUGUGUUGGUGCUUCUUUUCUCGCUACUUUUCGCUGGUCUAUUUGUCAACAAGGAGACCAUUCCUGUUCAGCUAUCAUGGUUUGAGACUAUUUCUGUGUUUCAUUACGGAUACGAGGCACUUACCGUCAACGAGGUCAAAGGACUGAUUUUGAAGGAGAAAAAGUACGGUCUGGAUAUUAGUGUCCCAGGAGCUGUCAUCUUGAGCACCUUUGGUUUUGACGUUGGAGCGGUUUGGUUUGACAUUUGUUGGUUAUCUGGGAUGCUUGUUACAUUCAUCUUGUUAGGUUACCUAGGUUUACAUUAUUUUGUUUACGAGACAAGGUGA